GGCCUCGAUCGCGACGAAAUGGGACGCUUUUUAUCGAAUCUUUAAACUUUCAAUUUUUGGGUGAGAGUCGAGAUCCGUAACAUUUUGAGAUCUCAUUCUCGCGCGACUACAUCUUUCUGUAGCUCUUUUAAUUGAAAUCAAAAACAUUAAAUCUUCGUGCCUCCUCGUUUUGCAGAGGAUAAUAUCUAGAGCACACGCACACAUACAUAUUUUUACGCAUUUGCGCAUCAGAGCACAUACAUUUUUUCUCUCCGCUGCAGUGUAGGUAUACGCCUCUAAUAGUCCAAAUGGCCGCUGCUGCGGCAGCACGGCCGUCCAUAUUGCCACAUCUGCACGUAUCGCCAGCACGCUCGAUGCACACGAACAUUGAUCUCUCGUUUUCGCUACCCGAGACAUUCCAACAAAUUAAUAAUUAAACGCCCUGCGUUGACGAUACAUACAACAAAUAACAAUGAGGACAUGAUGCGUCGAUAAUUGAAAAAGACAAAGCGAGAGAGAAGGAAAAUAAGGAAGACAACCGCAUGGGCGACGAGAAAACAGGGCGCCAUUAAAGCUACACCACGACGUUUGCUCUUCUCGUAGCUAUUUCUCUUCCUUGACCGCGUGCUUCGAGGCCACGACGUUGCAAUAACCUUGUCUCCGUGUGGACUUCUUUGGAGGAAAAAAAAACAACUCCGGACCGCGGACGUGUGUUGUGCAAAAGUAGUGCGCGCGUGUCAAGACGUGUAUAGGAAGAAAAAAAAAUUUUACAUUAAACAACUCCCAGAAGUAAGGGGUAUUCCCCGGGGACACAAUAAAAAAAAACAUCGUUGGAAGGCCACAACUACCCAGACUAUCGAGAGGAUCCUGAGGCGCGCGUCUGCUCCCAGGAGGACCAGCAGUUCGAUGCCAAGUCACAGGCCCUGGAACAGCGCCGCGUCAUCACCAAUUGAGCGUUGCACUAGGUGACAUGCCUAGCAGUCGUGAUAUCGAGCGAGCGGAACGCAACGGUCGCUACAAGUCCUCGCGAAGGAAAGACAGCACCAGUGGCCUCGGCGGUAGUGAGCUGUUAUCCCUCGGCAUCAGUGCUCCUAGUGGCAGCUCCAGCCGGAGCUACGAAGUAGCCGCGGCUGCGGCAGUCGUAGCUCAAAGUGUCGAGUCCGUAGUAGGGGGAGGCUCAAGCCUGAGCUUGGGUAGACAUCGCCGGCACCAUCGCCGGGCCGGUGGUAUCAAGAAAAAGAAGAAGCGUUCGCGAGACAGCCGCUCGGGCAUUGGACACCACCAGUCCCUGACCAAAAAGCCCCUCGUCGAGUACUCGGACGUCAGCAGUGAGGACCUUUCAGAACCAGAGGCUGGUGAGAUCCAAUCAGAAGACAGUCGCGGAGGCCACAGCUACACGGACGGCGAGGUGCCCGAAUCACUGCUAAGGCCCCGGUACUAUGGGGGGACUGCUGCUGAUCCCCAACUUACCCGUGGACUCGACACAUCGCCCAUCAGUCUAUCGCCCCCGCCACCUGUACACACGCGUCUAUCCAAAAAGUCGUCGCAGCAGCAGCACUACGGCGCCCCUACGUCUCCCGCGCUCCUGCGCUCGGUUGAGGUCGCCAUGGCCGGUAACUACGUGGACGAAGAGCAGCGUCGCGUUCGCCGCAAAGAGAAAAAGCACAAACGCGACAAGAAAAAAGCUCGGGUCAGCCUCAGUCCGGGCUCCAGUGUGUCCAGCAGCAAGAAAAAGAAAAAACGCAAGUCGAAGCGCGCCUCUCGUAGCGUCAGCCCCACAGGUAUGAUGGUCGCGGGCGGCGAGCUGCUGCACUCCCAAGCGCUGACCAGCUGGCGGCUCCAGCAACAGCAUCAGUCCGGCCACUCGCCGCCCCGCAUGAGCCACAAGGCGAGCACUUCGCCAAUCUCACCUGCCACGCCACCUGAGCGGCGCUCACCCAGCGACAUGGACCUCGAGUCACCACCCUCACGGCAGCACAUGACAACGCCCCCGCAGUCUACGUCCAUACACGCGUCCAUGCUGCACCAGCAGCAGGUCGUCGGCAGACACAUCGAGUCACCGCACACUCCGUUACUACCGCCCCAUCGAGCCAUCACGCCCGAUAACCAUCACCACUCGAGCAAGUCCAAGCAAGGUGGUGGUGGCGGUGGCGGUAGUGGUCACCCGCAUAGCCCAGACUCACGACACAAGUCCUCUCUGGCUCACCUAAGCCCGAACCACGUCAGCUCGAGUCGACGGAGGCCUCACAGUCCGACCAGUCCGCCGCCGUCUUCGUCUUCGAGUAAACGGCGCAGGGAGCACAGUCCGACCUCGGGAAGCAGGCGUCGGGACUACAGUCCCUCGAAUCACAGCUCGAUGCACAGGAUAAGCAGCAGGCACAGCCCGAGUCCGAGCUCGCAUCGAAAGAGCCGGGCCGACGACUUGCUUAUCAACAGGUCGUCGCCCUCGUCAUCCAGCCGAAAGAGAAGAAGAGAAGACUCCUCCUCGAGGCAGCACAGGCAUCACGAGAAAGACAGGAGGGACAAGAGAAAAUUAGCGAGGAGCCCAGUAGGCUCGUCCUCCUCGAGGGCGCACCUGUCUCGCUCGAGGUCACGCAGCCCACACCGUAGCUGGCGCAAGUCGCGCUCGCGUUCUCGCUCCCGACGGCGCAGCCGUACCCCCAAAAAGUCUCACUCGCCGAGCAAGUCGCACAAAUCGUCGCGCAAGCGCCGCUCAAGGAGUCCACGGAUCUCGCGCAUACCCUCGCCGGUUCACCGUCGCAAGUCACCGAAUAGCCUCCUGAAACAUAAGCUCCAGGUCGCGGAAAAGGUCCAACAGACCAGCUUGUUUGCCGAACUGGUCAAGGAUCGCAAUAUGCGGGAACUCGCGCUCAAAAGGCUACAAGCAGCCAAGGAGAAGGCUAGUCAGGACGAUGUGCAAAUAAUUGAAGGCUCGGACGACAAGGACAACAGUAACGGCUCCUCGUCAACGACGACCAUCGAGAGGAACAACGAUAAGUCCUCAACAGCCGCUACGACACCUCUUACGAAUGUAGACUUGACCGUCGACGUUCUCGAUAUACCCGUUCCUCAAACGAACAUUCUACCGCCUACGUUGCCAGAGGCACAGACUCCACAAAUAGAGAUACAAACGUCGACACAGACACAGGUGCAGGCGCAGACGCCGAUACUGCAGACAAAGGUGCAGUCGCUAGCACCAGUGCAAGUGGCAACGGAGACGUUGGUUCCAGCCGUGCCAAGCACCGUCCUGAUUGGUGUCCCGCUCGCUGUGGAUGAUUCUAUGACCGAUGCUCCUACACCGGUAGUUCUCAUUCCUAAUGCUACCACCUUGGACACGUCAACACAAAAUGACACGCCUGUGGCUCCUAAGACACCUCCGUUGCCGGUGGCACCUGUCUUACCAGCCGUUGUAUCAAUGUUCACGCAACAGCAGCAACAACAACAGCCACAACCAAAGCUGGAGAUUUCUGCAUCUGCAGCGGCGUUGCAGGUUGGAGCAGCCAUUGCAGCUCAGGCCGCACAUGUAUAUAAUAAUUCUCUUGCUCCGGGUAACGACGCACCCAUUGCAAGUAUUCCGGGAGUAUCGAUAACAACAACAGCUGUUCAGAAUUUGCCAGCUGUAACACAACACAUGCCACAGCAAAAGCCACAAGUAGUUCAGCCGGUACAAUUACAGCCUCAGUUGCAACAGCUUCAACAGCAACUCCAGCAACAUUUGCAGCAGCAGCAACAACAACAGCAGCAACAGCAGCAGCAUUCGCCACAUCAUGCUCAUCAUCCAGACGUUAAUCCAGUUAUUCCCAUAUCAUCAGGUCUACCUCAAGUGCCUGUCCCAGUGCCUCUACCCGUACCAGCACCGCCUCCUUCGGCAGUCGUCGCUCGUGUUCCGACUCCCACUCCUACUUCUAUCCCUACUCCAGUCCCAAUUCCAACACCAGUCCCAACCCCAGUUCUAAUUCCAACCCCUGCUCCUAUCCCAACCCCAACCCCAACACCUGCUUCCGCACCUGUUGUGUCGAUGGUUACCGCACAUCCACCCGUACUCCCUCCUAUGAUACAUAAUGCCCCUCCCGUUGGGCCACCUCCCGUGACCACAUCUGCUUUCCCUACGACCUCGGCUAUUGCCAAAUUAUUCAGUACCCCCGAUAACCUUGUACCAGUUCCUAUAAAAUCUGUUGAUACGCCAAAGCAGCCAGUUCUUUCAUUCAAAACUAGUAUCCUCAACAAGCUGCCGAUGCCUCCUGGCCCAUAUCAAAACGAUCUAGAGAGCAUAGACUCCCCGCCAAGUCGUUCUCCUACACCACCUCCAACUAAGCCAAUGGUAAAGUUGACUCCGAUUAUCGGUAGCACUACACCUGUCACUCCAAAGCCGAAAAAACGUGGUAUCAAAGACCUACCCAUGCCACCUGUCAUUGCUGGUACGGAAGAUCUUAGUGGUGAUGAUGACGCGGUAUCGACUCCACCGCGGAACAAAAUCGAACGGAUAACUCCAAAACCAAAGCUGAAAAGACCAAAAAUAUUGAAAAAGAAGGGUUUACGAAACAAUAACAUACCUAUGUCGGCUUCUGGUGGCAGAGAUUGGGGAGAACGGUGUGUCGAUGUGUUUCAAGUCCUUGAUCAAAUCGGUGAGGGUACUUAUGGUCAGGUGUACAAAGCGCAAGACAAAAGGGCUAGUGUUAUUGUUGCUCUGAAAAAGGUACGAUUAGAAAAUGAAAAAGAUGGAUUCCCGAUCACGGCUGUGCGAGAAAUCAAAAUCCUGCGACAGCUUAAUCAUAAAAAUGUUGUCAAUCUGAGGGAAAUCGUUACUGAUAAACAAGACGCUCUUGAUUUCCGAAAAGACAAGGGAUCUUUUUACUUGGUUUUUGAGUACAUGGAUCACGACUUGAUGGGUUUGUUAGAGUCUGGAUUAGUCGAAUUUAAUGAGAUGAAUAAUUCCAGCAUAAUGAAGCAGUUACUCGAUGGCUUGAACUAUUGUCACAGCAAAAACUUUCUACACCGUGAUAUUAAAUGUUCCAAUAUUCUUAUGAACAACAAGGGUGAAGUCAAGUUAGCUGAUUUUGGUUUGGCUAGGCUGUACAAUGCAGAGGAUAGGCAACGUCCUUACACGAACAAAGUAAUCACUUUAUGGUACAGGCCACCGGAACUAUUGUUGGGAGAAGAACGUUAUGGUCCUGCAAUCGACGUGUGGAGUUGUGGAUGUAUUUUAGGAGAAUUAUUUUUAAAGAAACCAUUAUUUCCUGGAAACACGGAAAUGAUGCAACUGGAUUAUAUAUCCAAAGUUUGUGGAACACCAACGCCAGCAGUAUGGCCAACUGUGAUAAAAUUACCUCUAUGGCAUACUUUGAAACCGAAAAAAACACACAGACGAAGGCUUCGAGAAGACUUUAAUUUCAUGCCAGGUACUGCGUUAGAAUUAUUGGAUAAAAUGCUGGAGUUGGAUCCGGACAAGCGCAUAACAGCUGCUGACGCUCUGAAGAGCCCAUGGCUUAAACAUGUGAAUCCAGAACAAAUGCCGAUACCUAAAUUGCCAACGUGGCAAGAUUGUCACGAGCUGUGGAGUAAGAAUAAAAGACGACAGUUGAGAAAACAACAAGAAAUACAAGGCGGAAUUCCAUUGAUGUCAGUAUCAAAUAGAGACGGCAUGCAAAAAAUUAUCGAGGACCUCGACGUUGGGGGGUCAUCUAAAAGAUUAAAAAUGGAGGCAGGUUAUGGUUCAGUCCUGCGAUAUGGUUCAGAACCACACGUGAUGGGUGGCGAUGGAAUGUUUAGCCAAAGUGCUCCAUUCGCCUCUUCACCAUACAGUUAUAACAGUCCACCACCAGUGAAACCCAGAAGUAAUAUCAGAGAUGGAUCUCACUUUCCAGAAUAUACAACGGAAGACAGUCUUGCUCGUAAAUUAACUAGUCUUACAGGAGCCCUAAAUCAAGGAAAACCUAUCAGCGUUGAUGAUCUUAUGUCCCUUAAAACAGAUAAUGAGACUGAUCCAAAAGCAGCACAAUUAUUAGCCGAACUGCACACAGAGCUUCGCUUGGCCAGCAACGUAAAGCAGAGCGGAUCAGUGGAUCCUCGUCAACCUGUCCUAAAUCCACCAAUGCUAGAUUCUCCUUUCCCAGUAAAUAAAAGUCAAAAGAGCUCUUUCGACGCGCACGCUGUUUACGCUGGUGAUGAUGCAGUAAGUUCGGGUAGCCGAUGGUCACAAAUCGCUACUAUCGGCGUUAGGACCGCAUUGUCCGCUUUGAUGUCACGUUAUGGUUUAGAGACAUGCCCAAGCAGCCCAAGUGCCUCCAGUGUCUCCAUUAGUGCAGGUCGACCAAUAAUUAAAUCCGUUUCUUUAGUUAGCCUGCCAAAAAACGUUUUUCUACCCUCCACGUCUUCUCGAUCUACGUUUAGUCCAUAAAAUUUAAUAUUUUAUGUAUAAAAUGUACAUAAUGUAAGUACACACAACUUGUCUCGCUUGUGAUAUUGUAGACUAAAAAAUUAAAAAAAAAGAUGAUUCCUAGUAAAGUUUUGAAUGAUUAUUGUAAAUGAUGUACGUAACUUUUCAUAGAUUGUAAAAUGUGUAAUUUCGUGAAGAUUAACUUAAUUUUAAGACAAGAGUAGUUGCACUACUGCUUAUUUCAUCAGUCUUACUUUUACUGACAGAGUAGUUUCUCAAGUAUGGCAGAAUUUUGUGUAAUAAAUGACAUUUAUCCAGUGUAAUAAUUCUAUACUUGUUACAUUAAUUGUUGUACUUCUUAAUUGCAUUAACUAUAAAGCAAAACGAAUUGUGUUUAUGGUAAAAAAAAAAAAACGAAUUAUUUAUACUAAAAAUGUCUGAAGUUGUACAUAAAGCGUAUUUCUUUAUUAAGUAGAAUAUUUUGCAGAUUAUCUGCUCUCAUUGUAUAUUUGAAACAUUUAUGUAAAUACCAAAAAACCAAUCGUUAAUAAAAA